AUGUUCAGAUUUCGAACAGUCGAAUGGGGAGGAGCGCCGGAAUGCACUACUGGUACCUUUGAGUCGACUCAAAAGUCGCCCUCAGGCUCUUAUCCUCCUCCCGCGUCUCUCUUCUCCCGCUCCAGCAUCACUGGUACACACGAAAGGUCCUCUCUCCCUUCUCCCAGACCCCCCCUUCCCUCCCACACGCCCACAGGCUCGGCCCAAUCGCAGUUUUCUAGGUUUGGUCGCUCGCAGUCUGUGACAGCCACUGCUGCUGCCUCUACCGCUGCUGCUAUUGCUGCUCCUACUGCUGCUGGUGACGGCGCUGGUGCCGGCGCUGGUGCUGGUGGCUUGCACCGGCAGCAGGCGAAGCAGCAGCAGCUGCCGCCGCCGCAGCAACCGAAGCAGCAGCAGCAGCAGCAGCAGCAGCAGCAGCAGCAGCAACAGCUUCAGUACAGCCCUCGCGAAUCUGCGAGCACGAGUGGGAGCAGUCGCCCUGGUAGAAGCUCCGUGCACAGGCGCAGUCAGAGCAGCGCGCAGGACUCGAGCCAAGGCUCGAAUUACGUAACACAACAAACGCAACAACAGCAAUCUACAGAGCAGCAGCGGCGUGAGGAUAGCUUUCGUCAGUAUGGGAGUGAGAGUGAGAGCAAGCGGUCAGUGAAGGGUGCAGGUCACAGGCGCAGUCAGAGCAGUGCGUAUGCUACAAGCCAGCCCUCGAAUAUAGCUCCAAGUCGCCAGCAGCAGCAGCAGCAGCAGCAGCAGCAAGAUUUGAGGCGACAGAGAAUGCAACAGGAUGGUACUGACAGGGAGGGUGUGAGUGAGAGCGGUGCAGAGAGUGCAAGGCACAGGCGCAGUCAAAGCAGUGCUCAUGCCGUCAGGCGUAGCUUGGAUGAGUCGCCUAGGCCGCAACCACAGCCGCAGCAAGGUUUGAGGCGACAGCAGGUGCAGCAGGAUGGUGUUGUGAGGGAGAGAGCCAGCGAGAGCAGUCAGCAGGCAGAGAGUGCAAGGCACAGGCGCAGUCAGAGCAGUGCCCAUGCUGUCAGGCGUAGCUUGGAUGAGUCGCCUAGGCCGCAUCCACAGCAGCAGCAGCAGCAGCAGCAGCACCAGCAGCAGCAACAACAGCAACAUUCGAGGCAGCAGAAAAUGCAGCAGGAUGGUAUUGCGAGGGAGAGUGCGAGCGAGAGCCGUCAGCGGGAAGACAGUGCAAGGCACAGGCGCAGUCAGAGCAGUGCCCAUGCUGUCAGGCGUUCCUUGGAAGAGUCGCCUAGGCCUCAGCCCCAACAGCAGCCGCAUUUGGGGCAAUGGCAGCAGCAACAGCAGCAGCAGCAGCAGCAAGAGGAGCAGCAACGUGGGACGGGGACAGAGAGCGAGAGCAGUCAGUCAAUACAACAGCGUGCAGGUGGCACUGACCGACUGACAACAGCUGAUGGAGCCGUAGCAGUUGAGUGGCAUGGGGGUGAGCUGGUAGGUGCUGGCAGGGAGAGGAGUGUUGAUGGUACGGCUAUGUUGGUAGCGCAUGGCAGGGCUAUGGUGGUGAAUCGAGAGGGUAUGGAGGUAGAUGACGAUGUGGAGGAGACACACGGUGGGCGUUUACUCACUGCUCAGGAUGCUGAGAGGCCAGGGGCGUGGGAGGAAGAGUUGAGAGCCCCAGCAGGAGAGCCAGCAGGGGUGGCUGCUCAGUCCACUCGAAAGUCACUUAGUGGGAGCGUAUUGGGCGCCCAAAUGGAGAAUGGGUGGGGUUUGGAGAGAGAGCUGAGAGUGGAAGCACCAGAGCCAGCAGGGGAGAUUGACGGAGACCAAAUGUCCCCUGAUGAUGCUGCAGUUCCCAUGGCCACGCCUGUGUAUGGAUCCAUGGAGAACGAGCAGUGGGGGGAGGGGAACAGAGGUGACUUCGAAGGAAGUGAUAGUGACGAGGGCUCUGUUGUAGUGGCGGAUGUUGUGGAGUUGGAGGGUGGUGAAGUGGGAGGUUUGGCGUUUACAGGUAGAGAGGAUGGGAGGGAAGAGGGAUGGGAGGAGGAAGCGGUGGAGGAGGAGGAGAGGGAAAUGGGAGAGGAGGAAUCAGAGGAGGAGGAUGAGGAGGAGGAGGAAGAGGGGGAGGGAGCGGAGGAGGAAGAGGAGGAGGCGAAAAGCGGUAUCUCCUCAGCAGCGAUAAAAGCAGCGGCUGGGAUCAGCUCAGGAGCACGUAACGUCUCUGCGGUUACCAGCCUCCCUGGCGCUGCUGCUAGGAACGUGGCUGCUGCAGCAGGGGAGGUGGGGCAGGGGGCGAGAAGCCUUGCUGCAGUGGCAGCAGGGGGGGUGGCUACUGGUGCUGCUACUGUUGCAGGGGGGAUAAAGGGAGGGGCUAGGAAUGUGGCAGGGGGGAUUAAGGGGGGAGCGAUGACGGUGGCUGGAGGGGUGAGAGAUGGGGCGUUGACGGUAGCAGGAGGGGUGAAAGGAGGGGCUAUGACUGUUGCAGGAGGGGUGAGAGAUGGGGCGUUGACGGUAGCAGGAGGGGUGAAAGGAGGGGCUAUGACUGUUGCAGGAGGGGUGAGAGAUGGGGCUUUGACGGUGGCAGGGGGUGUGAAAGAGGGAGCCUUGACAGUGGCAGGGGGAGUGAAAGGAGGGGCUUUAACUGUAGCAGAGGGGGUGAAAGAAGGGGCUUUAACAGUAGCAGGGGGAGUGAGCGGGGGUGCGCUGACAGUGGCUGGCGGGGCACAGAGCGUGGCAUUUGCAGCAGCGGGAGGAAUCAAGGAAGGCGCUAGGAGCAUGGCAGGCACUGCAGUAGCAGCAGCAGCGGUGGCCGCAGGGGGGAUCAAAGAGGUGGCAUCUGAGAUCAAGCAUUUGGCAGAAGAGGUUGCAGCUGGGCAGGCUGGGGCAGGCUCUGGCAGGAUGCAAAGGGUGCAUAAUGUUGUGAACAGAGAGGAUAGGGAGGAGGAUAGAGAGGGCGAGGAGGGUGACGAGAGGGGGUUGUUGGAGAGUAGUGGCUUGGGUAAGAGCAGGAGUAGAGAUGGGGCCACGAGCACCGUGCGAACCAGCCCUGGUUCCUUUACAGGCAGAUCCGUUACAAGGAGUAAGACCCACGACAGCCGAAUCAUCAGCAACAGCAGCUCCAGCCCUGUCGUGCCUGCCAGCCUUGGUAGGAGGAGCAGGAGUGGGAAGGAGAGGGAUGCUCCUGGCACCUUCACGGAAGGUUCCUUCGAUGCAGACUCCUUCCUGGAUGGUUCCUUUGAUUCAGACACCCUGCCCAGGUGGUCCUUCGAUGCAGCUUCCUUUCACUCCAGCCCAGCCCAUACAGACCCUUUCAAUCCGGAUUUUUUCGCUAUAGAUUACUCAGGCGAUCUUGGCACUAGUAAUACUAGUACCAAAUCACCCUCUAGAGGGGAUACCAGCAGGGGAGAGGCACUCUCACGUAAGGAGUCUAGAAGCAACCUGUUGACGAGAAAGGGUGGUAGUGCUAGGAUGGCUAGAAGCGAAACUGCCACUCCUGCUCUGACUUCUUCACCGGGUCAUUUGCCCUCCGCUGUAAAGCCAAAUUCGCUUGUACGGAGUGCCACUGCAGUAGCCCCAACCUCUGGUGGACCUCAUUCUGGUUCCGUUCUCGCCUCUCAACCGCAUUCAACCGCUUGGUCUGUCGCUCAAGAGGACUGCACUGGAGCAGCAGUUAGGGCGCUGCCUAGCAACAAGACCACUGGCGGAGUGAGCGGCAGCAGUGUUGCCGGGGGAAGAGGGAGUCUGAAUAUUUGGGGCAAUGCAAGCUUCCAGCAUCCCCGCAAGGGGCAUUCCAGAUAUUUGCCCGAGGAAAACCCGUUCCUCAGGGUGACUAGCCUCGCUGCUCUUUCCCCUGAAGAUGCUCUGUUGGCAUUGUGGGAGGAGGAGGGGGAGUUUGAGGAAGGGGGGGAGGGCAAGAGAGGGAUAAGAAGCUCCCACUCCCGCCGUUUCCAUGCCUCCGGUCUUGCCAUUGCCGGGGCUGCUGCCGCAGCUGCGGCAGGGGUUCGGUCCGGAGCUAAGAAUGUAGCUUCGGGAGCGAUGAACGUGGGGGAGGGGAUCAAGGGAAGGGCAAGGAACGUUGCAUCGGGAGUGGAGAGUAUCGCUGGUUUGCCUGGUGGGUCGAGCGUGGGUGGUGGUAUUGCGUUGCGGGGUGGGAGCGUGGGCAGGAGCUGCUGCAGGCAGGCUCCUAGGACUGAUACGUUUGGGCACAACGCGUCGUUUGUUGAUAGGUUUGUUGCGGGGUUGGAGGAGAGCGGGGUGGGUGUGGAGGGAGAGAGCGGACGGGAUUUAGGGGGGGAGGAUUGGGAGGUUGGAAGCGGUGAUGACGGAUGGGGAGGGAUGGAGGAGGGAGUUGGAGAGGAGGAUGAGGAGUGGGAGUUGGCGGAGGAGGGUGAAGAAGGGAAGAGGGAGGGUGAGGGGUUAGAGGAGGAAGAAGGACGGUCGGAGGGGUUGGAGGGGGAGGGUGUGUUGGAGAUCUCUCAGAAACACCAGGGGCAGCGCAGGGGGCGAAUGUCACGUGCAUUUUCCAGCAGUGCGGUUUCGGUGCUUGCCCUUCCUGGCAGCAGUAUGGGUGAGGAGGAGGAGUUUAGUGCAGCUGGCAGUGCAGCCAUGCGACGAUCAGUGAGCAGCAGGAGCAGCGGUAACGUGGUAACCGUCGGUCUUGCCGUAACCAGCAGCAGCAAUGCGAUAGCCGAUAGUGCUGCAGUAACCAGCGCUGCUGCUUUGACCAGCAAAGCAGCGGAGGGGCAGCACAGCCGGCGGGCUUUGCCGGCCUACCAGGUGCCCCUGUCCCUCCGCAUCAGAGCAGCCUUGGAGCAACGCACUCUAGAGGGCGGGAGUGAGGGAGUGCUGGCAACGGCAUUGCACGCGUCCACAUCCUUGGGUGACGAAUCUAGGCUUGUUGCCAGGUCAGCCUCAUUUACAGGGGGAGCAGCAUGGUCGGAGAGUCCAGCUGGCAGUGCCACGUCAGCAUCGCUGGAUAGUGUUCCCGGUUCCCGCUCCCCGCAGCAGCAGAGCCAGCGGAUGCUGCAAAGGGCUAAGUCCGAGGACGCUGCUGCAGAUGCUGCCCUAGCUGCUGCCUCAGGUGUCCGCUCAGGUGCUUCAGGUGCCAGCUCAGCUGACUAUUCAAUUGUGGCCUCAGGAGCUGUCUCAGGUGCCGCGUCAGCAGCCUCCUCUCCCCUGCGCUCCUCAUUCACUGCACAGCCACGUGGCAGCUCUCCAGCGGCCUAUUUUCUACGUGGCAGCCUCUCAAUGGUGCACCGUUUUGUCUUUAUAGAUCCCCCAGCCAGUAGCAUUCGGCCCGUUGCCACCACCGCCAGCAGCAGUAACCCCACUUAUCAUGGUAACUUCAGUAACUCUGGUAACCACAAUAACUCCAAUAACUUCAGUAACCCUAGUAACCCUAAUAACCCCAACUACUUGAAGCGGAUUGGCAGCGACAGGCGUGACCGAUUCUCUCGCAGUAGCAACUCAAGUCUGUUCCGUGAGAGUAAGCCUUCCCAGCUCCUCUGCAAGAGCAAGAGCAGCAGCAUCAGCAGUGACUGGAGGCGUGAUGUUAGCACGCACGAGAAGCAGCAGAUCAGCAUGACAAGGGAUGCUGCUGCUUCUCUCCAUCGCUCCAAGUCCUCUGGAGCGUCACUGGACAGUGCCACAGUUAGCGAAGAUUCUGUUUCUUGGCAGCAGACUGAGCAGAAGGAGCAGGAGGCGCAGGAGCAGCAGGAGCAGCAGGAGCAGCAGGUGCAGCAGGUGCAGCAGUCGCAGCCAGUGAAGCCGAAACUGCAAAAGCUGAGCUCCCGCUCCAACCGUGACUCAAUUGUUUUGCAGAAGGAGCAGGAGCAGGAGGAGCAGAAGGUGCAGCAGGAACAACAGGAUCAGUUGCAGCAGGCACAGCAGUCACAACCAAUGAAGCCGACACUGCAGAAGCUCAGCUCGCGCUCCAACCGUGACUCACCUGUCUUGCCUCACUGCUCCCCUCGCUCCUCUUCCCUCCCUGCUGAUCCCUCCUCCACAUCCUCCCUCUCCUCUUCCUCCUCCUCUCUCCCCUCCUCUCUCCCGUCCUCGCAGCGACAUGCAGUGGAUCUUACCACCUCCUUCCCUCAGUUUAGGCGAGAGAUUUCCCGCAUCCGCUGCUUGUCAUCCCUCAAAUCCGCUGCUGUGUCUGCUGGCGCUGCUGCCUCUGCUGCCUCUGCUUCGUCUGCUUCUGCUGCGUCUGUGUCUCUGAGUGGUAGAAAGCACCGCAAGGAGCAGUGGCAGGAGUGGGCCGAGCAAGUGACAGGAAAGAAGUUCCUGUCACGACAGCUCAACGAGCAGCAGGAGGAGAAGCCGCGGAGUUGUGAUGAAAAUCAAACGGAUCAGCAGUCAGAUCAGCAGAAGGAUUGGGAGCAGGAUCAGCAACCGGUGCAGCAGCAGGCGCGGCACUUACAAGGCAAGCCACCAAGACCCGGGCUUCACCGCAGCACCAGAGCACAGUCUCUCAACAGGCUUCAUCCAAAGGCCCCUCCUUCAGAAGCGCCUCGUAAGUCACCUCUUGGUUCGAGGUCCCUCAGGAGCAGUCUGAGUGCGCAAUCCACUCUCAACAACACGGGCCACCCAGACCUCCCUCCUCGCUUCCCCUCGCCAGGUACCUCCUCAGAUGCCUCAGGUGAGUCCCCAGGUGCUUCUCCAGGUGAUUCGCCAGGUGUCUUUUCUCAGGUGCGUCCUCAGGUGCUUUCGCAGGUGUUCCAGUUCCUCUUUGAGACACACUUAUCACCGGAACCCUCACUGCCUGCUCGUGCGAACCUGCUUCUUACAAAAUGCGCUGAGCUGUCAAGGUUUGAGCGUAGAGAGCUGUCAAUCAGAGGGCUUAUUCUGAGGCCGGAGGGAGGCGUGAGUGUGAGAAAGGAGGAGAGGAAGGUGGGUGUGGAAGAGGGAGAGCAGGACAGGGAUGGGGAGGGGGAGAAGGAGCUUGAGGAGGGGAGGAUGGCGGAGGAGAACGAGUGCGGUGCAGAGGGGUUGGGAGCGGGAGAGGGCGGUGGUGCGGAGAGGGAGAGGAGUAAGCUGGUGUGGGAGAAUCUAGAGCAGCAGCUGGAGGUGCAGAGGGAGGAGGAGGAGAGGCGAGAGAGAUUAUUAGAGCAGCAGCGAGCGGAGAGAAGGGAAGAGCAAGGAGAGAGCAGAGAGGAGCAAGCAGAGAGCAGAGAAGAGCAAGCAGAGAGCAGAGAGCAGAGCGAUGCUGUUGGUGGCGGGGAGUUGGUUGGGGCCAGUGCAGGGCAGGGUGAUGAGGUGGAUGAGCGUGGUGCUGUGGGGUUGAAUCCGGUGCUGGUGCCGGCCAAACCGCUGCGCAUGCUCUCCCGGCUAAAUGCCACCCGACGCCGUCCAUCUGAAGACAACAGUUUUUACAGUAAGAGUGUGGGAAGUAAAGGAGGAGAGGAGGAGGAGGGUGAUCAAAGCGGGACUGAGGGUGAGGGAGAUGAGGGGGAGGAGGAUGGGAAGGCGGAAGGCAAGAAGGGCGAGGAUGUUUUAUCACCGAGAGAAGAAGCCAUGCUGCUCCUGUGGGUGAUCCCUGGGUUAGGGGGCGAGGAGGAGGAGGAGGAGAGGAGGAGGGUGAGAAUACGUCAAGCCCUGGCAGCUGCAGCAGGCGGGAUUGCGAGUGGGGCUUUAACUGUAGCGGGGGGGAUCAAGGGAGGGGCGUUGAAUGUUAAGGAAGGAAUUAAAGAAGGGGCAUUGAAUGUUAGGGAGGGGAUUAAAGGAGGGGCGCUGAAUGUAAAGGAGGGAAUCAAGGGAGGAGCAAUUAGUGUAAAAGAAGGGAUUAAAGGAGGCGCGUCCAAUGUCAGGGAGGGGAUUAAAGAAGGGGCGAUGAAUGUGAAGGAGGGGAUCAGGGGAGGGGCGUUGAAUGUUAAAGAAGGGAUCAAAGAAGGGGCGCUGAAUGUGAAGGAAGGGAUUAAGGGAGGCGCAAGGAACGUGGCGUCUGUGGCAGUGGCAGCGGCAGCAGCAGCAGCAUCGGGGAUUGCAUCUGCGCCUGCCGAAGAGACAGUGCUUGUUCCUAUGGGCAGUGGUACGGAGAAAGUGGUGAGAAGCAAGAGUGCGGAGCACAAGGGAGUGAGGGAGGUUGGGUUGAAUCCAAGGGUGGGAGUGAGGGAGGUUGGGUUGAAUCCAAGGGUGGGAGUGAGGGAGGUUGGGUUGAAUCCAAGGGUGGGAGUGAGGGAGGUUGAGCGUUCACGCUCUGGUGACCUGGGGAGGUCGCAUUCAGGGGAGGUGGGAGCUGACUCUGGGGCGCUUCAAAGCCUGGGGAGGUCGUAUUCAGGGGAGGAGGGAUCUGGCUUUGGGGCGCUUCAAAGCCCGGGGAGGACUUAUCUGGGGGAAGUGGAUAUUGGUGCUGUUGGGUUCGCAAAGGUGGUACGGAGAUACGACGAUGAUGAUGAGGAGGAGGAUAAUAGUGAGCGUGUCAAAAACGAGGAUGGCAAUAACGAGGCCUUCUGGUGGGGGGACUACGAGGAAGAGGAGCAGCUGAUGCUGGAUGAUUCAGAUGAAGAUUCAGGUGACACUUCAGGUGAAUGUUCACGGAACCCAGUUGUGCUUGGUGGUUUGGAGGAAGGCAAGGUUAUUAGUGGACGUGUGGUAAAGGGAGGGGCAUUAGAAUUGGGAAACGGGUGGGAUGAGGGAAGAGGAUUGGAAGAGGGAGAGGGGUUAGGGAAGGGGCUGGAAGGGGGAGGAGGACAGGGAAGGGUAGUUGCAGGAUGGGGUGCUCUGAAAAAGCUUGACACUGUAGUGGCUGCUGCUGUUGCUGCAUCAGAUGUAGCUUAUUCAGACGCACCUGCAUCAGACAUACCUGUUUCAGAUGUACCUGCCUCAGACGUACCUGCCUCAGAUGUACCUGCCUCAGACGUACCUGCCUCAGACAUACCUGCCUCAGAUGUACCUGCCUCAGACGUACCUGCCUCAGACGUACCUGCCUCAGACGUACCUGCCUCAGACAUACCUGCCUCAAAUGUACCUUCCUCAAGCUCCACAGCAACAGAUACCCCUUCCAUCCGCCGAAUCGGGUCGGCAGUGGCAGCAGCGGUGGCAGCAGGAGACGUGGUGAUAAGCGAGAGUGCAGCUGGUGCUGCCGUGCUGUUGCAUGCAGACCAACCUCUCUUUGAACGGACUCAGGAGCUGUCGGGGAGGCGAGGGGCAGCAGAUGGAGCAGCAGCAGAAGCAGAAGCAGAAGGAGAGGCAGAAGCAGCUACAGCAACAGCAAUAGCAGAGGAAGAGGGGAGUGUGGGGCAUGGGAGUGUGGAGGAGAGGAGUGUUGGUGAAGGGAAGAAAGGAAAGAGUAAGGUAAAAGGAGGCGAGAAAAAGGCGUUGCUCAAGUCACCUUCCAGGAAGAUUCAUCGGCAGGAGUCGCGGGAUGGGGAGACGAGCGGGGAUGACGUGAUGAAGAGCGGACGGGUGAGGAGAAGCAAGAGUAAGUUGAAGAAGGGAGAAGGGGAAGCAAGUGAGGAGAGGCAGGAGGCAGGAGGAGACAUUGAGGCAGGAAGUAAGGUCAGAAAGAGUAUGAAAAAGGGGAAUAAGAUCCACAGCAAAGAGGAACACAAGGGGCAGCAGCAGCAAGGGGGGGAGCAAGAGGAAGAGAAGGAGAAAAAGAAGGAACAGGAGCAGCAGGAGCAGCCACCGCAGGAGCUGCUAGCGAACGUGACAAUCCGUCAUAUGCUGCCCACAGGGGAGCUCGCAACCACGCCUCAGCGGCUCUCCAUCCCUGCUGCACCCCUCUCCCCCACCACUCUCACCAGCCCCACCAGCGCCACCAGCACACCUCGCAGCAACGCCUCCUCUCCCGCCUCCCCUGCUGGCUCCUUCAGCUUCGCCCUGCUCUCCCCUGCCACUCCUAAGCAGCCCCGUAAACGGGACAGUGCUGCUGAUGCUGCUUCUGGUGCUGCGAGUGCUGAUGGUGGUGGUAUUCUGGGUGGUCUUGGUGCGAGUGGGGCGGACGGUGCUGCUGCUGCAGGGAAGAAGGUGAAGAAGGGGAAGAAGAAAGCGGUUCGCCUGCCUGCGAUUGGUGAGAUGGAGGGCAGUGAGGGCGAGGUGAAGGAGGGGAGUGGUGACAGGAAGAAAACUACCAAGAAGCACCUCUUCAGGGGAGCAUCAGUCGCAUCAGCAUCAUCUGCAGACUCCCGAGCCUCUAAAGCUUCGGUAGCAUCAGUAGCAUCUACAGCAUCAGUAGCAUCUGUAGCAUCAGCAGCAGCAUCAGUGGUUUCAGCAGAAUCGGUUGUUUCGAGUGUGUCAACCACAUCGUCAGGUAAACCCCGAAAGUCACCCGGUGGCAAGCCACCAACCACCCCUACCACCCCAUCCACUACAGCCACCCCAGUCAUUCCAUCUUCUCGUGAGCUCCAAGUUUCACCCAGCAGACGAUCAUCAGUGGACGAUUCUAGUGGCUCUCUGAGUGGGCCUGGUCGGGGAAUGAUUCCCCAGAGCAUGAGCGCUUCACAUGCCACUUCUGCUGCUGCUGCCGCUGCCGCUGUUGCCGCUGUUGCUGCUGUUGAACGCAGCAGCAGCAGCAGCAGCAGCAGCAGGCGACAGUCAGUGGACAACGAUUUUAGCGGCAGUGGCAUUGCAAGCUCUCCUGUGCGUAGAAUUAUUCCUCAGAGCAUGAGCGCAUCGCACUCUGGUACUGUUGAGCGCAGCAGCAGCAGCAGGCGGCAGUCAGUGGACGAUUCCAAUGGCAGUGGCACUCACUGCUCACCAGUGCGCAGAAUGAUCCCUCAGAGCAUGAGCGCAUCACAUUCGACUGCCGCUGCCGCCGCCGCCGCCGCCGCUGUUGCUGCUGUUGAGCGCAGCAGCAGCAGCAGGCGGCAAUCAGUGGACGAUUUUAGCGGCAAUGGCACUCACAGCCCUCCCGUGCGCAGAAUGAUCCCUCAAAGCAUGAGUGCAUCGCACUCAGGUCCGGUGGUUAGGUUUCAACUGCCAGGGGAGGUCCUUUCUGACCCGCCCCGAUCCCCGCCUACAGCCCAUUGUAGCCCUUAUCGGGUGCCCCCCCGUUCCCCGAAUAUGGCUCAUUCUAGCCCAACCCAAAGCCCGCCUGGUAGAAGAAUGAUCCCCCAGAGCAUGAGCGCGUCGCAAGCCGUGUCCUGGCUCCCCCCUAUGGCUCGUUCUCCCACCAGCUCUCCCAACACGUCUAGGCGGGUUUCUAUGGAUGAUCCCAGCGGCAGCAGGAGGGGUGCUGUGUCGCCACACAGACGGGUUUCUGUGGAUGAUUCUAGUGGUGCUCUGAGUGGUGUGAGUGGGUCUAGACACAGAAUGAUUCCCCAGAGCAUGAGCGCUUCACAUGCCACUUCUGCUGCUGCUGCUGCCGCUGCUGUUGGUGGUGUUGAGGGUGGCAGGAGCAGCAGCAGAGGGGUAUCGCCGGUUAAGAGCAGCAGCAGCAGCAGAAGCAGGAGUGUGUCUCCUGUGGAUUUCAAGCGGCUGCGGUGGAAAGGGUUUGGGAGGAGUGCAGGGAAGGAGGGGGGGGAGGAGGGAAGGCGUGCAGGUGGAGGGGAGGGUGGGGAAUGGAGGGAGGAGGAGGAGGAGGUGGAGGAGGAGGAAUUGGAGGAGGGGGGUGCUGCAUCUGGCAAGAAGAAGGGCGGUGAGUCGAAGAAGGGUGGUGUGGAAGAGGAGCGGGGAGAGGAGAAGAGGAUGGGAAGGACAAUGAGUAAGGUGAAGAGAGGAGGGAAGGAGGAGGAUGGGGAGAAGAGUAAGGAGGAAAAUUCGGGUGUGGUGACUGGGAAAGGAGGGGAAAGGAAGGCAGGAAGGACGCUCAGUAAAGUGGAGAGGAAGGGAAAGGAGGGGAAGGAUGGGGGGGAAUCCGAGGGAGGGGAUUAUGAGAGGAAGGCGAGCAGAACACUGAGCAGGAAGAAGCAAGAAGGAAAGGGGGUGGAGGAGGAUGGUGAGGGUAAGGUGAGCAGAGUGAAGGGAGAGGAGGUGGAAUCGGAGGAGGAUGGGGAUGGGAAGAUGAGGAGGACGAUGAGUAGGAAGAAGAGGGGGGAGGAAAGGGAGAAAGGUGGGGAGGAGGAGGAGGAGGAUGUAGAAAGAAAGGUGAAGAGGACAAUGAGUAGGAAGAAGAGAGAGGACGAGGGGGAGAAAGGAAGGAUGAGCAGGACAAUGAGUAGGAAGGAGAGAGGGGAUGGGGGGGAGAUGAUGGACAAGGGGGAGGAGGAGGGGGGAGAGAACAAGAGCAAGAAACCCUCAAGUAAGUCAAAGAGGGAGAAAGCGAUGAUGAGUGGGGAGUCAGGCGCAGAGGAGGAAAGAAAGCGACAUGGGACUAAGGAUGAGAAGACGGUGAAUAGGACGCUGAGUAAGAUGAAGCGUGAAGGGAAAGGGGGAGGAGGAGAGGGAGGGGGAGAGGGAGGGGGAGAGGGAGGGGGAGAGGAGAAGAAAGCCAGUCGGACGCUAAGUAAAGUGAAGAGAGAGGAGACGGAGGACGAGGAGGGUGGGGAGAGGAAAGCAAGCAGGACGCUAAGCAAGGUGAAGAGAGGAGAGAAGGAAAGUGAGGGGUUGGAGGAAAGAAAGGCGAGCAGAACGUUAAGCAGAGUGAAGCGAGGGGAGGAGGGCACUCAGGAGGACGUGGAGAGGAAAGCAAGCAGAACGCUAAGCAAAGUGAAGAGGGGAGAGAAGGAAGAGGGGGAGUUUGAGGAAAGAAAGGCGAGCAGGACGUUAAGCAAAGUGAAGAGGGAAGGCGGGCACGGGGAUGGGGGUGGGGGAGAGAAGAAGGCCAGUCGAACCCUAAGCAGGGUGAAGAGAGAAGGAAACGAAGCUGGAGGUGGUGAUCGUGCGGACAGCAGCGCGCACAGAGCCACUCGCAGCAGCAGCCACGGGCACGAGUCCUCUCACAGGCGAGCCACCUCGCAUGGGAGCAUCACGGGGCGGGAGAGCUUUCACAGCCAUGAGAAUUCGAUGAGCUCUGGCAGCAAGGGGAGCAAGGAGAGUGAGAGAGGGGCGGACGGGAGAAAGGCUGCCCGCACGCUGAGCAGGCAUAGGGAUGAUGGGGCAGAGAGGGGUGAUGCAGGGAACGGGAAGUACGGGGGUGGAAUUGGAGAGGAGGAUCGGGAGGGGAGGCUUUCGAGGCCCAGAACGGCCGACAGUGGCGGAGUGGGUGGUGGGGGAUGGGUGCAGCUGGGUUUGCCGAAACAUGGAGUGGUAACGAUGGGUCUGCAGGAGCAGCUGUCGCCUUUUGAGGCCCCACUGCCGCCUCAGAAACCGCCCGUUUCUCCGGUUUCGGGUGGCAUAUGGAAGGCAAUCUCGUCGUUUGCCACGUCACCGCGCGCCAGCUCGUCGCAUGCUAUGUCAGGUGCCACGUCACCACUGAUGUCACCGUCUGGUUCGUCGGCUCUUCCCACAUCUCCUCUGGGCUCACCCACCCAUGCCAAGUCACCCACAUUGAAGUCACCCACGUUAAAGUCACCUAGGAUGAAAAUUCCGUUUAUGGAGUCCGACGCGGACGCAUCGCCGUGGGAGGCUCGCCGACAGAGCAUCACGUUUUUCACAUCCGACGGGGUGUUUCAGAUCCAUGAGCUCGCGCACGUGCCCGUCUCCACUGCACCACCAGCAGCACCAGCAUCAUCGUCAGCACCAGCAUCAGUAGCAGCGUCGCACCGCUUCCCGGAGCGGCGAUACAUGGAUCCGCAGCAGGGCCUGUGCCUCGCGUCGCUCUUCGACAUCCGCGCCUUCAACGGUCUUGAUGCGUCGCGGCUCUUCUGUGUGGUGGGCUUCUGUCGCUCCCCUGAGAUGCUCUCUGACGUUGUCGCAGACACUGUUCUCAUGGCUGGCGGGGAGGUGGUGGACUCGAAGUUGGAGAUGGGACAGGGUCUGCACGAGCAUCUGCGCCUCACCGUCGCCGUCCCCUAUCUAUUUGGUGUGCCGCCCGCCUUGGACGCGCUCAACCGGGCAAUCCGAUUGGGUGGUGGGAUUGUGGAUAAGAGCUUCCACCAAUGGGAGAUGUGCCCCUAG